GUGCCGAGAUGAGCCUUGUCCGCUGUUCCAGUCGCAUCAUCUUCCUACCGACCCUUCAUGAACCUGGGCCGUUAAGCACGGGGAGUUUUACCUAUGUGAAAAGCCGAAAUGUUCCAAAUCAUGGGUGCUUAGUAUUCUAGCUGGCAAACAGACCCUCCACCGCGUUUUCAGAAUUUCAGGCUUCUAGGCGCCUUUUUGUCUUUAAAAACGCGAGUGAUUGGAGACGGCGAACAUUCGUACCACCUCUAUAGUCAUGAAUAUCCCUAACGUUCACGCGCCUCGCAAUGAGGAUGAUGUUGAGUCGCAAUCCGUGACCCCUGUCGCUCUAGAUGACCGCAACCAUUUUCUUUUUGAAAGUUUUGACGAUUCGUUCUGGCGCUUGUCUGGAUGUGAAAAAGGCGACCACUCGAUGAACAAGCUGCAGAUAUCUAUGUCGCAGCCUGCAUGUGCACUGCAUGGCGAAUACGCUAAUGUUGAUUCAACUAUCCCUAUGAUCGGCGACUUUGAUCAGAACUUUAUGCCUAAUGGGGAGCAUCAUGAACCAUCCUCACUGUUGCCAUUCGGUAGCGAAUGGUUCCAGCACCAACACUCCAUUUCAGGGCUUAAUUUUCCUUUUCAAGACACAGAAGGCAUUCAAGACGACCAUAGCUCACUUUUGCUGGCGAAUGAUGAGCAAGAUGCUAUGACCAUUCUGGAGGAUACUUAUGCAGAUGACUUCCACCAUCGAGCCAUUGUCGGUGGUGAUGUGAGGGAUAGCAGGUCGACACCUGCCUCCACAGCGUCUGGUGAUCCGAAUAUCCUUCGGUGUCAACACCAUGUGCAAGGUCAACCCUGCGGAGUGCUUAUCAAAGGAGGAUUCCCCGGCAUCUUGAAGCACUUUGCCUGCAUACACGUUCGUCCCCGCAUUUCCGCGAACACAAGAUCCGACCAUCCCUCGGAGUUUUGGAUUUGUCGCUGGGGCGGCAAGUGUGACAGCUGCAUCCGCAAGGAAGGCUUCAAAAGACAUGUUCUCGGCCACCUCGUCCGGUGGAAAUGUUCCACUUGCCCGUUGACAUACUCCCGAGAUGAUAGCGCGCGAAAACACGCCAAAGAUUGCGGAGACGGCAGGAUCAUCAUGGUACCGCGGCUGGAGGGUCGUCCGCGACGGCUGUAAGAAGGGGGAAGAACAACGAUACACAGCUCCCUUUGUGUACUUAUAUGAAGAGGAAUUAUGGGAAUCUUUACGGUUGAAAGUUCUGAUGAUAUAUUUAUAGCUCGAACCCAUCGAGUAUGUACGUACUAUACUUACUCGCGGCAAACGUUCAAAUCGUUCGCUCCCUAAUUCUAAUUUCCAUCUGUACAUAUGA